CCGCCCUCAGGGCCGCGCUCCCCCGCCCACACCCCCUCCCCCUCCGCCGUCUCGCCUCCACCGCGCCGCCCCCGCGCCGCCACUACCUCUCCACCGCCCUCCUCCUCGGCGGCAGCGUCCUCCUCGUCGCGUACUACUAUGACUCCAGGUCUCUCCUGCACGAGCACGUCGCCAUGCCGCUUAUGCGCCUCGUCGCAGACCCCGAACAGGGCCACAAGCUCGCCGUCAGGGUCCUCGCAUGGGACAAGUGGGCCCGGCCGAGAGACAUGGGUGUCGACGGCGCCGAGCUGCAAGCAGAGCUUUUCGGCAUGCAUCUGAAAAAUCCUGUCGGCAUCGCGGCCGGCUUUGACAAGGACGCCGAGGCCAUCGAUGGUCUCUUUGACCUCGGUUUCGGUUAUGUUGAAGUCGGAAGUGUCACUCCCGAACCCCAGCCCGGUAACCCCAAACCUCGGUUUUUCCGUCUCGAAGAGGACGAUGCCUGCAUCAACCGAUAUGGAUUCAACUCUCUUGGACACGGCCACGCCCUCGCCCGACUCCGUCUCCGUCUGGCCAAGUUUGCUCAGGAUCAUCCUUCCCUCUUUCCGUCCCCUCUGCCUGCAAACCUCGUCCCACCCGCGGGUUUGCCGAGGUCAUUGAGAGCCGGACAGCUGCUUGCAGUCAACUUGGGCAAGAACAAGGCCAGUGACCCUGAUUCAAACGACGACUACGUUCGAGGCGUCAGGACGCUGGGACCUUUUGCGGACGUGGUCGUGAUCAACGUGUCAAGCCCGAAUACCCCAGGAUUGCGCGCUCUCCAGGGCAAGCAGCAGCUCGAGCGAUUGUUGAACGAUGUCGUCGAAGAAAGGAACAAGAUCGCCCAGGGAACCGGACUGCCCAAGAUUGCAGUCAAAGUCGCGUCAGACUUGAGCGAGGACGAGCUGGCAGAUGUGGCGAGUGCGGUGAGAAGUAGUGGUGUCGAAGGCGUCAUUGUUAGCAACACUACCAUCCGAAGGAAAGAGCUCAAUCUUGUUUCCGGCAACCAAGACCAGAUCGGCGGUCUCUCCGGCAAGCCCCUCUUCCCUUACGCUCUCAAUGCUCUCAAGACUCUGCGCCCGCUUCUCCCUCCGUCUAUCCCCAUCAUCGGCUGUGGCGGUAUCUCCUCCGGCUCCGACGCCCUCACCAUGGCCAACGCCGGUGCUUCCAUCGUCCAAGUCUACACCUCUUUCGGCUUCCGCGGUGUAGGUACCCCCCGUUUGAUCAAGGAUGAGAUUACAGAGCACCUCAAGGGUGAAUCAUGGAAGACUCACGUAGGCCGCGACUGGGCGUCUUCAGGCCAACCGAUGGGAUGGGACGAGAACCGUCUCAAGCAAGAAAGCCAAGCGCUUGUCGACGAGGCCAACGGGCUGGCAGAGCUCUUGCGACAGUCUAAUGACAAGGCAGAAACGGCCAAGCUCAUCGAGGACGCGGAGAGGGCGUUGGGUAUAGUGAAAGAAAAGGAUGGGGCAGCGAGUGCCGCAACGGUAGUCGAUGAAACGAUGCCGUCCCUGCCUCCACAGGCGGCAGUCCCUUCACAAGGCGGCGGGUUUGGGAUUGAGGGCGUCGGUGCGCCAUCGAUAGGAGAGGCACUGAUCGCUGAGCCCGUGCCGCAAGUCGAUCUUGCACCCAUUGUAGUAUUGGAGGAAAAGAAGGACAAUGUUGACGACAGGAGGGAGGGUGGGGAAAGGGACAAUGAGUGGAAGCAGGCAGUCAAGGCUGGGCCAAAGAGGUUAGUCUAGGAAUGGGGGAUGGUUUCCAAGAAGAAGUGAAUCAAAAUCUGCAAUUUAAAAUGCAUUGGCAUAAAUCAUCAUUUUAAAAAUGGCAGCCUGUCAGGAAACCUAUCUUAUCUCCUUUCCAACCACUUCUUCGCCAUAGUUGCCGCAAAAACGCCUGCCGCGCCAACACCUACCACACCCCCGAUCCACCCAGCAUAACCCACGACAUCCUUCUGCCACCUCUCCUUCCUCAGCGCUUCCGAAUAACCUACAUCCGGCCUAAAAGUCACCAUCUCAUAAAGACUCGUCCACCCUCGCACUUUCUUGGUAGGGAAAGGUUCCAUUAGCGACAAGGUGGCUUGAGGCGCAGAUCGGAACAAGGUGGUGAAAACCUUGUCAACCUGACGACGGAGAUGGUGAAGCGGAGAAAGCACGUGCGAGCGCAUUUCAGUGCUGACAAAACGACAAUGCGUUAAGCUACUAAUAAUCCGUAUCCAAAAAAAAAAACUUUUAAAGGUUUCACAGGCUUACUAAUUUUGCAAGGCCAGUUCGCAAAUCGCCUUCAAGUCUCCUUGCCUUUCAUCAGAAUAGGCCUUUAGAGCUAGUUCCAGCUCAGGAUCCGUCUCGCCAAGCGCAAGUGUGGUUGUGGGUGAGAUGUGGUGUCGCUCAAGGAUAGAGCUGAGCACCCGAACGUCUUCAAGACCGCAGUUGAGGCCUUGUCCAUAGAAACUAAAAACGUAUACAGGCCAUCAGCAAGUUGAAAUUGCUUGAGAGAGACACUGGAAAGUUACGCACGGAACCAUACUGUGGGAUGCAUCGCCCAGAAGAAUGGCGUGAGAUGACCAUGCGGAGGGUGUACACUGAAAGACCCCAUUCUUAUCAGUCACACCUUGCAGCAAAGAGAGAAGAAUUAAACACUUGCAUUGAUAGUAACCAGGUUACCUCUUGGAUUCUUUUCAAAAUCAUCAAGAAGCACCUUUUCACCCACAAUGUCCACAGCGGAAGGGAAAUGUUCUCUGAAAAAGGCCGCAGCAGAUUCGCGUGUGUCGAGUAACUCGAGAGAAGAAAAUGGAAUGAAUAAAGUCAGGGUAAAGGAACCAUCCUAAACAAAGUAGAAUGAGUUUUUGAAUACCAGGCAUGGAAGAAAGAAAAAAAACGCAUACCUUAUUGGGAAGACCGAUAAGCAUGAAAGCAUGGCGAGGCCAGAUGUGCAAAUGGUUUUUAUCCAUAGCGUAGCCACCUGGGAAAGCUGGGUCAGAAGGCAUAUGGAGCUCAAUGUAGGCAUGAGGAAUAAAGCUUUGUGAAAAGUCAAUCCUGAGCGAUAAUUAGUCUUUCUUAUAUAAUGGGAUACUGUAACUGGUAUACCAACCGUUCUGCCCGCAUCAUUGCAGUUCUGACUUUGGACCAGCUGCCAUCACAUCCAAUGACUAAAUCAAACGCCGUCCCAUCUUCAUCCUCUGUGUUCUGCU